ACUCUUUUAAAACAAAAGAAAACUAAGGAUGCUCUCCCAGUUGCUGAGGAAGGACGUGCCCAAGCCUUGGUAGAUCUUCUGAAGUUAACAUCUGAGAGCGACUGUCCUGAAAUCGAUCAUUUGGACCGUUUGCCCAGCCUGCUUUCCAGUCUUUCUUGUGUCACACUCUUCUUAGAGUAAGCAAUUGAGAAGAAAAACAUUACUAUCUGGGUCCUCAAUGGAAAUGACGUUCAAGUAAGACAAAGUAAAAUUGACGAGCGGUCUCGAGCUCUGGGACAGGAACUCAACUUGACAUUUGAUUCUUUGGUACAAGCGGCUUAUUUUCUCCUUUAAAUUGAAGUUCAUUCGUUGUCGGAGGGUUGUGCUCUAAAGGCGGAAGUAAUCAGACGAGAACGAGACGAAUCGAAGGAAGAAGCACUAAAAAUGUUAUACGAUGUCGUGAUAAGACCUGUAGAAGACCUCCUCACCGGAGAUGAAAUAAUUAUUGUCCCAGAUGGCCCACUCUGUAGAGCGCCUUUUACAGCAUUCAUCGACUCGCAUGAUAGAUACAUAUGUGAAUCUUACAGAGUACGAUUAG